UCCUCCAUCUUGAGGGACAGUAUCAUCCACAAAAUACCUUUUAACAAAAUAAUAACAAUAGUGGCAGAUGUGGUCAAGGCGCAGCGGGAAGGACUGACGGCGGCGCGGUGAGCUGGCAGGAGCUGCCUUGGCGGCGGCGCCAGUGCUGCGAAAGGCUAGCGUUCGACCAGCACAAGGCACAGUCUGGGACCUCAAACGAAAUCUACUUAAAAUAAAAUUUCACCGACAUGCAGGAUUAGCUUUGUGCGGGAGCAGUCACUUUGAGAAUGGAGCUGAUCAAAGCAUUCCUUCUCCUUGUCAUCUUCUGCUUUGGUAUUGAACGAGGUUUGUCUGGUGAAGCAACUACAAAGAAAGGAAAGGGAAAGAAGAAGCAGUAUCCCUGUCCAUCAGAACAGUCAGCGGAAGAUCUUGCACGGACUCCCGCAAACUCAACCAGUAACAUUCUCAGCAGAUUGCUUGUCUCAUAUGACCCAAGAAUACGGCCAAAUUUUAAAGAUAUUCCAGUUGAUGUACAAGUAAAUAUUUUUAUUAACAGUUUUGGCUCAAUCCAUGAAACAACUAUGGACUACAGAGUGAAUAUAUUCCUCAGACAAAAAUGGAAUGAUCCACGACUUAAACUGCCAACUGAUUUUAAAGGUUCGGAUACACUGACUGUGGAUCCAACUAUGUUCAAAUGCUUAUGGAAACCUGACUUAUUUUUUGCAAAUGAAAAGAAUGCAAAUUUUCACGAUGUAACACAAGACAACAUCCUCCUUUUUAUAUUCCGGAAUGGUGAUGUGUUGCUCAGCAUGAGGUUGUCAAUAACACUUUCGUGCCCUCUUGAUUUGACUCUUUUUCCCAUGGACACACAGCGUUGCAAGAUUCAGCUGGAGAGCUUUGGCUACACCACAGAAGACCUCAAAUUCAUUUGGCAAGCUAAAGACCCUGUUCAGAUGGAACAAAUUGCAUUACCACAAUUUGAUGUUAAAGAGGAAGAUAUUGAGUAUGGAAAUUGCACAAAGUAUUAUGAAGGCACUGGUUAUUACACAUGCGUGGAAGUGAUUUUUACAUUAAGAAGACAGGUUGGAUAUUACAUGAUGGGCGUUUACGCUCCAACUCUUCUGAUUGUUGUCCUUUCUUGGCUGUCAUUUUGGAUAAACCCUGAUGCAAGUGCCGCAAGAGUGCCUUUAGGCAUCUUCUCAGUCCUUAACUUGUCAUCUGAGUGUAUGUCCCUUGCUGCAGAACUGCCUAAGGUCUCCUAUGUGAAAGCCAUGGAUAUCUGGCUGAUUGCUUGCCUUCUGUUUGGGUUUGCAUCUCUUGUGGAAUAUGCGGUUGUGCAGGUUUUGUUGAACAGCUCAAAAAUAGUUGAAGCUGAAAGGGCUCGAAUCCAAAAGAAAUUGAAGGCAAAGGAGCAAGCUAUUGCAUCUGAAGGAAAAGGAUGUGGAAACUGGGUUAAACCUUCCUCUAAGAAUACUGUUAAUGGUACAGAUACUCCUGUUCAUAUUAGCACAUUACAGGUCGCCGAAACAAGAUGCAAAAAGGUUUGUACUUCCAAAUCUGACCUGAGAUCCAAUGACUUCAGCAUUGUUGGAAGCUUGCCUCGUGACUUUGAAUUGUCUAACUAUGAUUGCUAUGGAAAACCCAUUGAAGUUAACAAUGGUCUUGGGAAGCUUCAGUUAAAAAAUAAUAAGAAGCCUCCACCUCCAAAACCUGUCAUUCCAACUGAAGCAAAGCGGAUUGACCUCUAUGCAAGAGCUCUGUUUCCAUUCUGUUUCCUCUUUUUUAAUGUCAUAUACUGGUCUGCUUAUCUAUGAACAUUCUGUCAUUAUUUUUCAUUGUAUAAGAAAUAUCAAACCAUGGAAUCUCUCAUGCAUCAUUUUUCAUUCUAAAUGCUUUGUGAUUAAAAGCUGAUUUGAAACCAAACGUAUUUAUGUCAAAUUUGAAUGAAAGCAUGAAAUUGCAAUGCAUAUAUUCUAACCAAACAAUGCUGUAUGUUGUUGUACAGCAUCCAGGCUGCUCUGGAGUUCAUAAAAAGUGAACCACAUUGUAAUCAUUCUCCUAUUCUAAGAAUAACAUGUUUAUGAUGUUGUGAUAGAUCAUUUAAAAUGUGUUGCGGGUUUGAUGAUACUUUUAUAUAUAAUAUAUAUAUAUAUAGAGAGCAUGCUUAAUGUUUCAAAGGUAUAAAUUUAUGAGAAAUUUUACAUCUUUCAAAUCGUAUAUGGAGUUUGUUUUGUCUUGAAAUUAUGUUUCCAGAACCAGUCCUUCAGUUCUUAAUCAAAAGUGAGCUUUAGUUCAUACCACUUCCAUUUGUAAAUGGAAAAAAAAGUAUAGACUUCUCCAUUUGUCAAAGUUUGAUAUUUAAAUUGCCAAGUAUAUUGAGAUGCUGUAUUGUUAAAUAUAAAAUAUAUAUCAGUGAUGGUUUUUGUUUUAACAGUGAAUAAUAUAAAUACACAUAUAUCAUAUAUACAACUUCAGCAAUACCUGUCUGAAAUCAAAUAAAGCAGUUAGAUGGUAUCAGUGUAUGAAUUAUGUCCUUAUAGUAGAGGUUAUAGAGAAGUAAAUAAAUGUGCACAAAUUGUGUACUUGAUGCUUUCAUUUCAUACACUGAGACAAAAUAUAUUAGCUACUGUAUAAUGUCAGUGCACCUUGUAACAGGUUCUAUUAGUUUUGAUGACAUUGAUGUAUUUAUUGUGCACA